CCCCCACCCGCCCCCGCCGCUUUCCAGGCAGAAGGAGCGCCCGCCCGCCCGCCUGCCCUUUGGCUCCUGACGACGAGCCAUCCGAGGUCAGGCUGACUGGCGGUGCUGAUGCAGGAGGAGUUUCCCACAAUGCACUAGGGAGCUGUCCAGGGUGCUGAAGAAGCCUCCGCGCUCCGGAGCCGCGCCGGGUCGCUGCCAGGCCCGCCCGCCCGCUCGCCCCGCUGGCUCUCUUUAUGCACAGCGCGCUCUCCCAGCUGGUCCAGAGGAGACAAGCCUUCGACCUCCACCGGCAUGGCCCGCUGCCUGUGAGGCGCCGGGAGAUGGAGGAGCAGAGCCCGUACAAGAGGAGCUGCCCCUCGGAGGCUGGCGCGGGGAGCGGGGCCGCCAUCCCGGCGCCCGCAGCAGCAGCAGCAGCAGCGCCGAGGGACCACCGCGCUCACCGGGCCGCCGAGCUGGGGCUGGGAGCCAAGAUCCAGGCGGCCGUGGAGUUCAAGGCGGAGGGCAGCCGCUGCUACAAGCAGAAGAAGUUCCGCGAAGCCAUCGGCAAGUACCACCGCGCUCUGCUGCAGAUCAAGGGGCUGGAGGCCGCCUCGGAGGCGGGGGGCGAGGAGGCGCGCGGGGAGAAGAGCCUGCUGGGCAGAGCGGGCUGCUGGCCCCGCCGCCUCACCGAGGAGCAGCUGGCGCUGGUGGAGAGCACCGAGAUCGAGUGCUACAACAGCCUGACCGCCUGCCUGCUGCAGUCAGAGCUGGUGAACUACGAGCGGGUGCGGGAAUACUGCCUCAAGGUGCUUGCCAAGGAGAAGAGCAACUUCAAAGCCAUGUACCGGGCAGGCAUCGCCUUCUACCACCUGGGAGACUAUGGCAACGCCCUGCUCUACCUGCGAGAGGCCAAGAACCGUGAGCCCACAGACACCAACGUCCUGCGCUACAUCCAGCUGACGGAGAUCAAGAUCAGCCGCUGCAGCCAGCGAGAGAAGGAGGUGAUGGCAUAGCCAGAUACGGCCUGCCCCCCCCGGAGUGCUCCCUGCCUGCCCCCCCCCGGGCGGACAGCAGGACCUUCCACACCCUGGGCAUGUCCGCAGCACCCAGAACCCGCCCACUGCCCGCUGCGAUCCCAGGAAGUGCCAGCAGCAGCAGGAUGCCCGCCAUGCCCUGGCAGAUGCCACUGCUGGAUAGGCCUGAGCGGGGCUCUCCAAGGACAGGCUGCCCCCCUUGGGACUUCUCUGGGCUGAGGAAUGGGGUGAUAAUGUAGCACUUUGCCCAAACACUGUUGGGGUCACCUGUUUGUUUUUAAAAAGAGACCUGGAACACUU